AUGGCCCGCACCGGCUUGAGGAGCAGCAAGAAGAAGCAGAACAAGGUCGAGGCUGUCGCCCCCAAGGCUGCUGCUGUGAAGGCCGCCUGCAUCAAGGCCCGUGCCCGCAUGAAGAGCAACAAGAAGAAUCCCAAGGCUAAGGUUUCCGCCCCAGUCGCCCUCCCACGCCUGCUCGGCUCGCACGAGCUCUCCCCGAUCGACCUGAGCCACCUGGACGACUCGGACACCGAGUCGGCCAGUGGCGGUUCUGACAACAAGGAAGAGGUCAACGGCCACGAGGAGGUCGAGCCUGCCCCGCUCCGCCGCUGCACGCGUUCAUCCACCGCCAACCAGUGCACCACAGUCGGCGAGCCAGCCCCGCUCCGUCGCCGCACGUGCUCGUUGGCUGUCCACUGGCGCAUCCCCGUCGCGGAGACCGCCCCUGCCGACGAGCCCACCCUUGCCCAGCCGCCCGCUCCUGCUGUCAACGAGCCGGUCAUCGUCCGGUCGGCGCAGAGGGAUCGCAAAGUUAGCAGGGGCAAGUAG